AUGAUGUCAACCAAGAAACACACCAAGACGCACUCGACGUAUGCUUUUGACAGCAACACUAAUAGCGUGGCGGCUUCGCAGAUGAGAAAUGCUCUGAACAAAUUGGCAGACUCUAUUAAGGACGAAGAAGUACGCAGCAAGUUUGAGGCGGAACUUGAUCUCUUUUUCACGUUGUUUAGACGUUACCUUGUGGAAAAGGCGUCCGGUAACACGUUGGACUGGGACAAGAUCAAAUCGCCCAACCCGGAAGAGGUGGUAGACUACUCCGUCAUCGAGCAGCAGCCAGAAAAUGUUGCCAAUCUCAGCAAACUCGCGGUCCUGAAGUUGAAUGGUGGUCUUGGAACGUCUAUGGGAUGUGUGGGUCCUAAAUCCGUGAUUGAAGUCCGUGAUGGAAACACGUUUUUAGACCUUUCUGUACGCCAGAUCGAGUACCUUAACAGACAGUACGACAGCGAUGUGCCGUUGCUGUUGAUGAACUCGUUCAAUACUGACACAGAUACCGCGCAUCUUAUUAAGAAGUACUCUGCGAACCGAAUCCGGAUCCGGGCCUUCAACCAGUCUCGUUUCCCACGUGUAUUCAAGGAUUCGCUGUUGCCUGUUCCAUCGUCAUAUGAUGACGACGUCGAUGCCUGGUACCCGCCUGGCCAUGGUGACUUAUUUGAGUCCCUCCACGCCUCUGGCGAACUAGAUGCUUUGAUCGCCCAAGGGCGCGAGGUCUUGUUUGUGUCUAAUGGUGACAAUUUGGGAGCCACUGUAGACCUCAAGAUCCUCAGCCACAUGAUCGAGACUGGUGCUGAAUAUAUUAUGGAGUUGACCGACAAGACUAGAGCAGAUGUCAAAGGUGGUACUCUUAUCUCGUACGAUGGUCAAGUUCGCUUACUGGAGGUUGCUCAAGUGCCAAAAGAACACGUUGACGAAUUCAAAAACAUUCGCAAGUUCAAGAACUUCAAUACCAACAAUUUGUGGAUCAAUUUGAAAGCAGUCAAGAAGUUGAUAGAAUCCAGCGGUUUGCAAAUGGAAAUUAUUCCAAACCAAAAGACGGUUACGAGAGGCGGUCAUGACAUAAAUGUUUUACAAUUAGAAACCGCUUGCGGUGCCGCUAUUAGACAUUUCGAAGGUGCUCACGGUGUGGUAGUCCCCAGAUCUCGAUUCUUGCCUGUCAAGACUUGCUCUGAUUUACUACUGGUAAAAUCUGACUUGUUCUUUUUAGAGCAUGGUGCCUUGAAACUAGAUCCUUCAAGAUUUGGUCCCAACCCUUUGAUCAAAUUGGGAUCUCAUUUCAAAAAAGUUUCUGGUUUCCACUCUAGAAUUCCUCAUAUCCCAAAGAUUGUUGAGUUGGAUCACUUAACAAUUACCGGCAAUGUCUUCUUGGGUAAAGGUGUUACUUUGAAGGGCACGGUUAUUAUCGUUUGCUCUGAAGGCCAAAAAAUCGACAUUCCAAAUGGUUCUAUUCUGGAAAAUGCUGUGAUUACUGGUAACUUGCAAAUUCUGGAACAUUAA